UAUUAUUUGGUGCAUUUUCUUCCCCUUCUUCUGAACUGUGGAGAGAGAGACAAAAACGAGAAAUUGCGAUGGCAGAGAGUGUUGUUAAAUUCUUGUUAGAAAACUUAAGUGCCCUUCUAAAAGAAGAAGCAUCUCUACUAAAAGGAGUACGCAAGGAAGUUAAAGAAAUCGAGACGGAACUUAAUAGAAUGCGAGCAUUGUUGAGGGAUGCUGAUAGAAGAAAGGAUAGCAAUGAAGAAACGAAAACAUGGGUGGGAGAAGUAAGAGACACUGCGCAUGAUGUGGAGGAUAUCAUCGACGAGUUCUUGCAUCGCAUGGACAGGCCACGACGAGGUGGAUUCCAGGGUUUUCUCGUUGACACUAUCUAUAUCCCUAAGAAUAUCAGCGACAGGCAUCAGUUCGCCAGGCGACUUCAAGAAACCAAGGUUAAUGUUCAGAAUAUUUUUCAGCGAAGACCCAGCCAAAUAGAAGAAGUUGCCAGAUCCUCUGAUGUUAGCGAACUGUGGCGACGUGAUGUAGAAACUUCUGUUUUCAAAUCGGAAAAUGACAUUGUGGGGAUGACGAAAGAAAUAGAUUUGAUAGACGGAUGGUUAGUGGAGGAAGAAAAACGGCGCACGGUGAUUUCAGUGACAGGGAUGGGUGGGGUGGGCAAAACCACUCUUGUCGCUAAAACCUACAAGAAUCAACAAGUAAAGAAGCACUUCGACUGCUACGCAUGUGUUUCUGUCUCGCAGUCUCUUAGAAUUGAUGAGCUACUACGAAGCAUCAUAAAACAAUUACUUGAGGCUAAGAAAGAUGUUGUUCCAAAUGACUUAGCCACCAAAGACGCUGGCGAGUUGAGGCGGAUGGUUAGAGGACUUCUCGACUCAAAAAAGUACCUCAUUAUCUUGGAUGAUGUCUGGACUAUGAAUGAUUGGAAUAAAGUAAAUGUCAUAUUUUCAGAUUGUGGAUGUGGAAGUAGGUUAGUAGUUACUACGAGAGACUUUAAUGUGGCAUCUGCCGCAGGAGAGGGAAGACGUGUCUGCAAGCUUCAGCUUCUAGAUCAAGAAGAGGCCUGGGUGCUCUUCUGUAAGAAGGCAUUUCCGAAUGAACCCUGUCCUUUAGAGCUUGAGCCAUUGGCUCGAUCUAUAGUAGAAAACUGUGAAGGCUUGCCACUUGCUAUUAUUGCCAUGGGCGGCCUCCUGUCAUUGAGAGACAAGACUGCAUUGGAAUGGAAUCGAAUCUACAAAAACCUGAGCUGGCAGUUGACAAACAAUCAAAUGCUGGAACCAGUAAAGCGCAUCCUGUUGCUUAGCUUCUAUGAUCUACCAUACCGCCUUAAGCACUGUUUCCUCUAUUGUUGCAUGUUUCCGGAAGAUUAUUUAAUUAAACGCAAGCGGCUGAUUAGGUUAUGGGUGGCAGAGGGUUUUGUGGAGGAGACGAGUAAAAUUACAAUGGAGGAGGCGGCAGAAGACUAUCUGAAGGAACUCAUCCAUCGAAACGUAAUUCAGGUUGUUGAGACAAACGAGUUUGGAAGGUUGAAAGUUUGUCGAAUGCACGAUAUUGUGCGUGAAGUGGCAUUAUCAGUUAAGUCACGAAGAAAAGUUCUGCACGACGUACGAUGA